AUGGUCGGCGCCAUGGGCUGUAGCGGGGACACGAACCGAUACGGGUGGCCGUCGGAGUCGUUCGUCAUCGACGGCGUAGCCUCGGGUAUAGAGACUGUCCCAACCGGGUUGGCGGGAUUCGUGACUACCGUCUACUUCAACGUCACAUUCUUCACGUCCCCCGCUCUCGAUCCCGGAGAGCACACUAUCGUGCUCACGAACCUGAACGGGACAGUCCCGAACACACUCUGCUUUGACCGUUUUUGGUACAUCUCAACCGAAGACGUCGUCACCAGCUCGAGCAGCUCGAAAAGCUCCGGAACAGCCACUUCUCUAUCUCCGCCCUCGCCCCAAAUACUAUCCCAAUCCUCAUCCUCAAUACCGUCUUCUACCACGCCAGCCUCCACCGUGGUUGCAGUAGUUUCCCAAAGCGCAAGCACAGCCGCAGGCCGAUCGCAAAACAUUGCAGCGGUCAUAGGCGGAGCAGCAGGCGCGUCGCUGGCAGUCGUGCACUUAGCAGCGCUCGGUUUCUACUGCUACUUCAAACGCAGUCCAAUGGGCGCAAAAGCGACUGCGGAGGCGGCUAUAACGAGUCCGUUCGCUGGAGGACACCAGCCGAGUUUGGCGACGCAAGCAGCCUCCGCUUCUACACUCGCGACAGCACCCUUCCUGACCACGAGAUACACGGAUUCUCCGCAGGAUCCCGCUGUCGCGUUCACCCCGCCGACGACACCAAGCUCAACAGGCCAGCGAGUCUCGAGAGUCCCGUCCACGCGGCGCAAGCCCGUUCCCGCAACGCUGCCCGCCGACUCGCUUGCGCCAGAGCCUUCCCCGGGGGUACCUUCACUACGCUCACACGUAUGGUCUUCGCCUGUCACGCCGGGGCAUCAGGGCACCGCACCACACGAUUGCGCGCUCUCGUAUUAUAACUCGGAGCUCGAUGGCUCCCCUCCUCCGUACUACAAUACCCGGUAA